AUGUCGUACCGACACAGCAUUGCUACCACGGCUAGUGAAGAGGGGUCUUGCGAUGUAAACAAUAACAAUCUGCUAAGCGCAGACAAUUUGCUAAGGUUAGCGCUCAAGAGGCCCAAGAACUGGAAGUGGGAACUCACCACGUCCAGCUCCUCCCCGAACAUAAACUUUCCAAAAAUACAGCUCUACGAUGGUGUGAACGGGGAGCUGAUGGUGGAAGUUGAUCGGCCGGAUUGUGUCAUCCGUUCGGACUGCCCCGAUGCUGUACCCACCGAGAAAUCUGCGCUAUUGCAGAGUAGUAGCAGCUCUAGAGAACUCGACUCGCGCCAAGGACGAUAUCGACGUUCCCGUACGUCUUUGGUAAAGGAGAAGCUAUCUACGUCCGGUGACUCGCUGGUAGACAUCUUUAAUCAGUUGCAAAACAAGGGGCUCGGACACAAGCUGUCCACAAGCGGGUCACAGUACAAACUGAUCAACGGAAACACGGAAGACGGACGGGGAUCUCUGCAGAAGAGCAAGUCUGCUAAUGCUAUCGGUAUGCCGGAAGAUCCACUUAUCGUUCGGCGGAGAUCCCGCCGCUCGUUGGCAAGCCGCUCCAGUUCAAUUUUGGAGCGGAUCAGCGAGUUCUACGGUCGUAGCUCCACCGAGGAGGAAGAAGGAAAAGACUUGCAGCUGGGAGUACCACCCCUUCCACAGCUCGUACUGCCCCCAGCAAGAGAUAACUCGCCGCCGCAGCCAGAUACAGCUGGUGUCACCAUCGAAGAGAUUCCACCCGAUCCAUCAACCACUCCAAUCAAACCGCGUCCCAAAAUCUACAAGCUAGUGCGCAGCAACAUCGGUACGCUGAUGGUACGCGAAGAAAGCUUUCAUACCCAGCGCAGUUUAAGGCGACGGCAGCGAGAAAACGGCGAGCUUCCGUCAACCGUCCAGGACACGGAUCGUUUGGUGGAGUUAGACGAACAGACGGAUCGACCACGACCGAUGGACAACGGGGAAGUGGAGCGUUUUAAAUACGAGCGUGAAAUAACCCGAAUCGAUGGACUCCUUUCGAGGGUUAUGCUUUCGCACGAUCUGCAAACGGAGGAGGAUCGCCAGGACGCACCGGGCAUACGGAUAUCGGAACCACCGGAAGCAGGUACGACGGUGAACGGAUCCUCUCCACACCAGAACGGAACAUCCCAUCGAAAGCGACGCUCAAGGCGCAGUGCAAGCGUUGGGGGUAGCGUUCACUCAACGCAUCGUCGAUCGCUAUCUUCCGGGCGUAACAAUUCACCGAUAAAUGCGUACCGAUACGCGCAACGUAAUGGGCGACGGUCUGCAUCCAGUUCCUCCACGUCGGACACGGAGACGGAUCCUAGAAGGGACGAACAGCGCACCGGAAGCUCAUCUAGAUCCGGCUCGCAGAAGCGCCGUGGCCGGACGCGGCAUCGUGGUGGACAGCCGGGCGACACUCCAGAAAACAACCCACGUGCAGCGAUCAGUAACGCUUCCUCACCAAAACAUUCCCGUACAACCAACACCACCGCUAGCCAGCAAACUAUCCCGCCACGGGCCAGGCGCUGUUCAGCGGAAAGUGAUGGACUGGAUACGCUUGCGCUCGAACGCUUUCGAGCAUCACUGCGGCACCGCGAGUCCCGUGGGUUCGCAGUGGUACGAUCGCACGGUGCAGCGUCGGAGUUGACCAUUGACGUUCCGACGAUCGACGCGAGUGCAUCAACACUCCAGCGCACAAUCAACGCAACAGCCGAGUGCAACGAUCAACCGAAGCACGCUCUCAACCCCGGCAGCUCAACGUCGUCCGGCAGUUUGAACGGAACACUGUCGACCCUGUCCUCGUGGACGUCCGGUUCGGAAGGUAGUGCGAGUCAAGUGAUCCCACACAACCCUGUACGUGAGCUAGGACGAUCCGUAUCAGUGCCUAGUACCGGUGAUCGUGUCCCGACCAGCCCCCUGUACGAGCGUUCCAACUUUCUGGACAACUUCUGCACCUCGCUGCUACCGUUGUCCGGUGACGCGUUCCGACAACGCUUCCUGAUGGAGGACACCAAGCGGGACACACAGCAUGGUGAACAAUCCGCUCCCGGUGAGGAGACGGUACUGAGACGCGGUAUUCCGGGUCGUCGAAAUCUGGUCAGCAUGUCCAGCGUGGUGGAGGAAGUGCUUUACACGAAGAUGGCCGCCACCAGCGGCAAACCACCAACCGGGAGACGUUCGCUUACAGGGCGCGAGAACCUGACCGCGAUGCUAUCGCAAGGCGAGGCCACAUCCUCGAACGUGACCGGUGGCAAUGUGCCGGCGGAGCCGGGUGUACCGGCCGGUGGGGAGGUGGAAUCGGAUGAUCAUCCGCCAACAUCCUCGGAGCUGGCAAACACAGUCGAGCCACCGUUCCGGGGUCGUCGCACGCUGAAGUACUACUGUCGUCGCUACCGCACGUCCAUCAAAUACGACUCCUAA